UGGCCGCCUCUCAGCGCCGGGCGAGGGUGAAGUUGGUAGAUCCAUAUUGAUUUAUGUGCUUCUCCGCAGGCAAAGGAAUUGGCACCAGUUUACUCAGCCAAGUGGCCAAGCUCACGCUGGCACACGGCUGCACCCAGUUCCGGUUCAUGUUGGCCAACUGGAACCAGCCGGCCAUGGCGCUGUAUGAGAAACUGGGGGCAAUCGACGUGACAGCGAGGGACAACUUGGUCGUCUGGCACAUCGAGGGGCGGGCCGUGCGGGAGCUGGCGGAGCGGGUGACACAAUGAAAUGUUGCUGCCAGGAGGCAGCCGGGGAGAGAACCCAGGAGUCCUGGCUCCCAGCCCCCUCUGCUCUAACCACCAGCCCCCACUCCCCUCCCAGAGCCGGGGAGAGAACCCAGGAGUCCUGGCUCCCAGCCUCC